AUGAAAGUCUCCCACGUUCUCACACAAACAUUGAGCCUUCUGGCACUGGGGGCUACAGUAGAAGGCUUUUCUCGGUCCAGAAACGAAGCUUGCGGUCCACACAAGCCAUUCCGGCCUCUACCCACAAGCUCAAGCAGAGACAGGACCUGCCAUGUUCGCAGCCAUGGCAACGGUACUGACGACUCCGAUUAUAUUCUCUCCGCGCUACACCAAUGCAACCACGGUGGGAAAGUCGUUUUCGAUGCGGAUAAGGAGUACAUCAUCGGAACGGCGCUGAAUAUGACCUUCUUGAAGAACAUUGAUUUAGAGGUUCUCGGAAAGAUCUUAUUCACGAACGAUACAGACUACUGGCAGGCGAACGCGUUUCCACAGGGCUUCCAGAACGCAACGACCUUCUUCCAGCUCGGUGGUGAAGAUGUGAACAUGUACGGUAACGGCAUCUUGGAUGGCAAUGGACAGGUCUGGUAUGAUCUGUAUGCUGAAGACGAUCUCAUCCUACGGCCAGUUCUGAUGGGCAUUAUCGGGCUGAAGGGUGGCACUAUCGGCCCGCUGAAAUUGCGGUAUUCCCCGCAGUAUUACCACUUCGUGGCUAACUCAUCGGAUGUGCUUUUUGAUGGGAUUGAUAUUUCUGGGUAUAGUAAGAGCGACAAUGAGGCAAAGAACACGGAUGGAUGGGACACCUACCGCUCUACCAAUAUUGUGAUCCAAAACUCAGUGAUCAACAACGGUGAUGACUGUGUUUCCUUCAAGCCAAACAGCACUGAAAUUCUCGUUCAAAACCUUCACUGCAAUGGCUCCCACGGUAUAUCUGUCGGCUCCCUCGGGCAGUACAAAGGCGAAGUAGACAUUGUCGAGAAUGUCUAUGUGUAUAAUAUCUCCAUGUUCAAUGCUUCGGAUAUGGCCCGCAUCAAGGUCUGGCCAGGCACCCCCUCCGCGCUGUCAGCCGAUCUACAAGGUGGUGGCGGUUCAGGCAGCGUAAAGAACAUCACUUACGACACGGCAUUCAUCGACAACGUGGACUAUGCUAUCGAGGUUACGCAGUGCUAUGGACAGGAUAAUAUCACGCUGUGCAAUGAGUUCCCGAGCAAUCUCACCAUCUCUAAUGUUCUAUUCAAGAACUUCCGCGGAACAACGUCAGGGGAUUACGAUCCAUAUGUUGGAACAAUCGUCUGCUCGAGUCCAGAUACCUGCUCGAAUAUCUAUACGUCCAAUAUCAACGUGACAAGUCCAAUUGGAACUAAUGAUUUUGUUUGUGAUAAUGUUGAUAAGAGUCUGCUGGUUAGUGUCAACUGUACUGCGACUUGA